AAGUUAGUACCAAGUUGUUCGAAUUGUUUGGGGAAGAAAUAGUGUUUGCCAGCGGUCCUUGGUGAUCGAGCUCGAUCAUCAAUAUUGGCGCACUGUUCGAUCACGGAGAUGCAUUCCUUGAACUUGUUGCAGUGCUGGCAGCGUGUCACUGAGGGCUUUACAGUUUACAGCCGUUCUGCUACACAACGUUCAACUGCUGUCGCCGUCCGAAACUGCCUCAGUGACUAUAUGCAAAUUCAGGAGAACUCGGGAGGAUUGAAGUCAUUAACACCUGCAGAAAGUUUAUACUACAUUCACUGCAUCUUUUUUCUCUGGUCCUAGGUUAAUACCGUCCCAAAAAGACCUGGGCUUACAUUUCGAAAGAACUUGAUGAACAAUUCUACGCCGACGGUUUAUGGGGAAGAGACUGCAUUUGGGACAUUGUUCCCUACUCUCAGCAUAUACCGUAGUGCCCAACAUAGGCGUAAUGGUCCCUGAUCGUUGGUAACGCGUGGUCAGUCACCCGAUACCUCGGAAUCCCACACAUUCAUGUCGGCGGAGGGCCUAUGCAUUGAGCUGCGAGAAGGCAAUCUCACUGUAAAUAUAACCCCCAGCCUUCGAAUUCUUAUCACCGAACACACUCAAUGGCCAACCCACGAGUUUGGCUCAUUACCGGUGCUUCUUCCGGCUUCGGAAGACUAAUGUCUGAGCUUGUCCUCAGUAAAGGGGACAUUGCUGUGGCAACCGCAAGAAAGCCAGAGGCAUUGGACGAUCUGAAAGCUAAAUAUCCUUCCACGAAGCUUCUUGUCCUGAAAUUGGACGUCACUCAGGCGCACGAAAUCAAGGAUGUCUUCAUCAAGAUCAAGGAAACAUUCGGAAGGCUGGACGUCGUCUUCAACAACGCUGGAUACGCCAUGAUGGGUGAAGUGGAAGCGACGCCGGAGGAUGCUGCUCGCACGAUGUUUGACACCAACUUUUGGGGUGCCACGAACGUUAGUCUGGAGACGGUGAAAUUCUUCCGUGAAGAGAAUAGGCCGGCAGGAGGCAGGUUGAUCGUUAACUCGUCUGAGGUAGGUAUUCAUGGUAUCGGAGGCUGUGGAUUCUAUUCGGCUACCAAGCACGCUCUGGAAGGCGUCACCUCCGCCUUGGUGCAAGAACUCGAUCCUGAGUGGAAUAUAAAGAUCACCCUUGUGGAACCUGGGACCUUCCGCACUCCGGCUAUCGGGAAGCUUGGUGAGGGAUAUAGUCAUCCUGCGUACAACAAGCCGACUCUACCUGGCAACCUCUUCCGUGUGGCUUUCCACGACUCAGGUCUGAAGAAAGCAGAUACGUCCAAAGGCGUGCUGAAGAUAUACGAUCUGUCUCUUCUUUCCGAACCACCUUUUCGGCUUCCUCUUGGGAAGGAUGCUCUUGAAAUGAUUAGAGGAGAGGCGAAGAGCAUUUUAGAGGAUGCUGCGAAAUAUGAAGUGUGGUCCGAAGGCUUGGAUUUUGACACAUAGCUAGUAUUAACGUUUUACAGUAACUAUGAGUAGUGACUCUUGCCAUACCGAGGUUGUACAAUAUCCCAAGUUCUUCAAGAUACCCUAUGACGGGACCUUUCAUGUCCGAUCUAUCCGCUGGAACUCCUUGCAGUAAUCUAGCAGGCGAACGACAAAGUGUCUCUCUAGGAACUUAGCAACCUUCAAGUGGACGCUGUUUCGUAUUCCGUCGACGUUCCCGCAGUUAUUCCAAUCCUUACUUCCCAAUGUGUGGAGCUCGAACAAGCUUCGAACAUUACCCAAAUGACCAUUGCCAGGAUGAAUUAUGAAAUGCCCGUAGCGAUACCUGUCCCUGACAGUGGAUACACCAUGGGCCAGGUCACUAUAAAUAACAUGACUCUUAUUCUCAC